GAAGCGCCGAUGCCGCACCCCGAUCUUGGACAAGAUAGCGGGGUUAAAUUGACUCUCGGCUUUAACGCGCGAACGACGCGGGAACGUUCCAACCAAAAUUCGCGUCCCUCGAGGCAAAGUGGUAGAAUACUGAUAUAGAAAGAAUCACAUGUCAAAGAGCUGCACGCGCUAUUAUGCCCGACGAAGCAGAAGAUGCACAUCACUAUCUCAGGACCUUAGAGACAAACUCAACGAUCUUGCACGAAGUAUGGGUGCCGUUCACCGCCUCGACUUGACUGCGGACGUGACACACCUCGUCGUCGGCAACCUAGAUACACCGAAAUGCAAGCAUACCGCAAAGGAAAGACCAGACAUACACGCGCUCAAACCUGAAUGGAUCCAUGCCAUUCGUAAAUCCUAUAUGGAGGAUCAGGAAAUUGACCUCGAAGCACUAGUGCAAGAAUACCGCCUCCCAGCAUUCUACAACCUGCACAUUUGUGUCACUGGCUUCGAAGACAUCGACCAACGGCAAGACUUGAUCCAGAAGAUAAGUAAUAACGGUGCGCACUAUCAUGGUGAUCUUACCAGGGAUGUCACCCAUCUUAUUGUGGCUAAACCAAGAGGCGCAAAGUAUGAGCGUGCGAAAACAUGGAAUCUGAAGGUAGUUUCCGCGAAAUGGCUCGAAGAGAGUUUGGAGAGGGGAAUGGCGGUCGACGAGUCAUUAUACCAUCCGCUCAUGGCCCCUGAGGAUCAGGGCCAUGGCGCCUUCGUUCGUGACUAUCAGAAACCCUCUGCGCUAGGAAAGAGACGACGUGACGAUCCUUCUAUCAACCAGAGCGAAGAGCUCGGGAAGCGGAAGAUGAGGCGAACUGCGAGCGCCAAGUUGGCAGACCACAGUCAAAGCAUGAUGACCAGUUUUCUUUCCCACGGCGGCGGUGAGUCGUCAGAAGUUGCGAAGGAUCAAUGGACGGAAAUCAAAGAUCAAUCACCACCUCCCCGCGAUGCCGAUCGCUCAAGGUCAAGGUCAGAGUCGAAGGAAAGGCAAAGGAUAUCUCGUCACACUUCAUGGGAAGCGGCGCCUAUACAUCAGGAAGAGGAGCCAGGAUUGUUCUCGGGUGUCUCGUGCCUAGUUCACGGUCAUGAUGACAAGAAGACAGCCAAGAUCCACGAGAUCGUGAUUUCGAAUGGAGGACAUAUCGCCAGUAACUCUGAUGCCUUUUUGUUGAACGAUGAUGCGUAUCAAUACAAGAUUCUUGUACUUCCCAGUGGAUGGACUUCAACCACUAAAGGUUCUCUGCCUGAGAUUCCAUCCGGAACAUGGCACGCGACCGAGUGGUGGCUAGAGAGAUGUAUCAAGCAGAAGGCGCUACUCGAUCCCGCCUCUGAUCUGCUCAGUCAACCACAUCUGAGUCUACCGAUCGAUGAAUUCCAAGGUCUAACGAUAGCGACUUCUGGCAUGGGUCAUGAUGUGUUGCAUAUAUCAAAAGUUGUCAAACUUGCAGGCGCAUCAUACGACGAAGUACUGCUACCGAGAACGUCGAUCCUGGUAGUGCCUAGCGCAGUCCCAAAUUCGGAGAAAAUUGCAUAUGCUGCGAAGCAUCGGAUCCCAGUCGUAUCGGAGGAAUGGCUUCUCGCAAGUAUCAGGAAUGCUCGAAAGAUGUCAAUAUCCGAUUACGCCAUGACUGGACAAUCAAGAUACCCCCUCAGCCGUCAUCACUCCAGCCGUCCGUCCUCUCGGGAAGCAAGUGCUGCCCCACCACAAGACAAGAGGUAGGAUAGGCCGGUAUUGAUCAUUAGGACGCGGGCUGAUCAAGUCUGUUAGAAAGGAUGACCUACCUGCACAACGCCUUUCAGCCAUCCGAACACGAAAUGUAGCCACUUCUCUACAUCUAUACCACUCAGGUCCCGUCCAAGCAA